AUGGCAAGAGAUGCAUCUAGCGAGGAGAUGGAAGAAUUCCUGGUAGCCGACAUUGCACCUGCUGCGGAGGUAUGCGCUCGCAUUGAGCAGCUCGUGGUACGCUUCCUCUUGGCAGCGUCUGAUGACGAGGAUCCUACGGUGCUCGACUUCGACAUGGUAGACCGAAAUACAAGGAACGGGGUCUACUUCGAUGGUAGGGACGAGCAGAAUGGUGCAAACGCGGCUCUAUACCUGCUCUAUUACGUUCUGGUGUCGCAAGCGUCUGAGUACUUUUCGAACCAGUCGCAAGUCAACGAGGCUAUUCAAGAUUGCGUCUCCCUGCUCCGAUGCACUCGCCAGAGCCUUGGCAUCGUGGCAGCCAGCAGGGGCGCAGUGGUUGGGCGUCUGAUGAUCAAAGAGCGUCCCACCAGCCGCUGGAUCGAUUGCACACAGCUCGGAACGAACGGCAUGCAGAUAACGGGCGACAUCCGCAGCCUGGAAGCCUACACUUUCCAGUCCGAUGCUAGAUACAUUCUUGUUGUGGAAAAGGACGCGGUCUUUCAGCGACUGUCAGAGGACCGUUUCUUUAUGGCGGUUCCGAGCAUCCUCGUCACGGCGAAGGGCUUCCCGGACCUCGCAACUAGGAACCCCUCGGGGCUUGGCAUCCUCUGUGUCUACCGUUUUGGAAGCAUCCGCAUGGCCCUCGAAGGCUCUCGAUACGUGUGCGACGUCAAGUGGCUCGGCCUUCGGUCGGAAGACGUGCCACAAAUCGCAGCACGGGGCCUCCAGCCGUUGACUGCGAGAGAUCGAGCACUGAUCGCCAACAUGAAGCUGGCGCCUCACAUCCGAAACAAUCCUGCUUAUCUGGAGGAGUUCGAGAACAUGGAGGCUGGCGGAAUGAGAGCCGAAAUUGAGGCUUUAUAUGCUCAAGGCAACAAUGACCUCGGUCAGUACAUUACGAACAAAAUAGUGCGAGGGCAGUAUCUUUAG